CAAUAAUAAUAUUGUGCGAUGGAUGAAGAGUACGAUGUAAUUGUCCUUGGCACUGGACUCAAGGAAUGCAUCCUCAGUGGCCUUCUCUCAGUUGAUGGCCUCAAAGUACUGCAUAUGGAUAGAAAUGACUACUAUGGAGGGGCAUCUACAUCGCUUAAUCUCACACAGCUAUGGAAGCGAUUUAGGGGAGAGGACAAGCCACCUGAGAACCUAGGUUCCAGCAGGGAAUUCAAUGUUGAUAUGAUACCUAAGUUUAUGAUGGCCAAUGAAGUUUUGGUUCGCGUUCUCAUCCACACGGAUGUUACAAAGUAUUUACACUUCAAAGCUGUAGAUGGAAGUUUUGUGUAUAAUAAGGGAAAGAUUUACAAAGUUCCAGCCACGGAUGUUGAAGCAUUGAAAUCACCAUUAAUGGGACUGUUUGAGAAGCGCCGUGCUAGAAAGUUCUUUAUUUAUGUCCAGGAUUAUGAUUCAAAUGAUCCCAAAUCUCAUGAAGGACUAGAUUUGAACCAGGUUACAGCAAGACAGCUCAUAUCCAAGUACGGGUUGGAAGAUGAUACAAUUGACUUUAUUGGUCAUGCCUUGGCACUUCAUCUCGAUGAUAGUUACUUGGAUGAGCCAGCCAAGGGAUUUGUAGAGAGAGUAAAGCUAUAUGCAGAGUCCCUAGCACGUUUUCAAGGAGGUUCACCUUACAUAUAUCCACUAUAUGGACUUGGAGAGCUUCCUCAGGCAUUUGCACGUUUGAGUGCUGUGUAUGGUGGAACUUACAUGCUCAACAAGCCAGAAUGCAAGGUAGAGUUUGGUGAUGAUGGCAAAGCCGUCGGUGUGACCUCCGAAGGAGAGACAGCCAAGUGCAAGAAAGUGGUGUGUGAUCCAUCAUAUCUGCCUGAUAAGGUUCAUAAGGUUGGAAAAGUUGCACGUGCAAUAUGUAUUAUGAGCCAUCCUAUUCCAGACACAAAUAAUUGUCACUCUGCACAGGUCAUUCUGCCACAGAAGCAACUCGGUCGAAAAUCAGAUAUGUAUCUCUUCUGCUGCUCUUAUGCUCACAACGUGGCCCCAAAAGGAAAAUUUAUUGCUUUUGUUACAACAGAAGCAGAGACUGAUCAACCUGAGGUGGAGUUGAAGCCCGGUAUUGACCUUCUUGGACCUGUAGAUGAGAUAUUCUAUGACAUUUAUGACAGAUAUCAUCCCAUCAAUGAUCAUGAAGCUGAUAGCUGUUUCAUCUCUAAGAGCUAUGAUGCUACCACACAUUUUGAGACCACAGUACAAGAUGUGAUCGACAUGUACAAUAAGAUCACUGGAAAGGUUCUUGAUCUUUCUGUAGACCUGAGUGCUGCAAGUGCUGCGUCUGAAGAAUGAUUUGCCUCUAAUUUUUAUAUACAUGCCUAAGUCAUAGAAACAGCGAGCACUUUUCUUUUAAAUUUCAUGUUUUUGUUUUAGAUGCUCUAAUGCAAAGAGAAAAAUUACAUAGACACCCACACCUUUGUAGCUUUUGAUCGAAGGCAUUAUAUGCCUGAUACAGUCAUAUAUACAGUUGCCUUGUACUCAACCAAGCAAUUUAUUAGACAUGGUAAUCAUAGUUGUGAUCAUAUCCCUUCAAUAAAUCUGUCUUUC